CCAACAUUCAACAGUCUGUUCACCAGCUCGCAGUCCAGGAGUGCCUUGAUCCUAUUCCGGUACAACAUUUCUCACAUGCUUUUUGUCGAUAAGCUUCAGCUCGUGCAUGCCACGUUUCCAGAUUCGCACUACUGCUGGUGAAAGCCCAGGCAGAAAGUUCGUGGGGUCUGUUUUCGGCAACACCCGCCUCUCAAAUCCACCGACAUCAACGAGGUGACCAACCGGCAGGAAGGGUCAGCCAAUUUUGUAUAAAAGUACAAAACGAGAUUUGUGGCUUGCGAUUAUGUUCUGAGUUCGGGAGGCGUACGAUGAGAUAAAAACACACCAACAAUCCAGAUUCGACAGAAUCGGCACUACCAGACGGUCGUGGCAACCAUGCCUGCGAAGACGUAUGAUGCCCACAUCGAAGCCUCGCCUAGGGGCGUCGAUUCCGUGGACGAGAGUUGGGGAACAUCAUGUCAAUCACCUGACCCCAUAGCGGUCGUAGGAAUGGGAUGUCGGUUGCCGGGAGGGGUCUCGAAUCCCUCAGAGCUAUGGGAGCUCCUAAUCAACAAGCGCACAGGAAGGCGGAACUUCACCCGUUCCAGACUGAACCUCCCGGGUUUCUAUCACCCAGACCAUCAGAGACCAGGGAGUAUCAACACUGAAGGAGGUUACCUCCUAGACGAAGAUCCUAGGUUAUUCGACCAUGCCUUUUUUGGCAUGAACACGAGCGAGGUGAUGACUAUGGACCCUCAACAGCGAAAAAUCCUAGAGGUCGCGUAUGAAGCAUUGGAAAGCGCCGGUGAGCCGUGGGAGAAGUUCUCCGGCUCCAAUACAGGAGUGUACGUCGGCAACUUCAAUAUCGAUCAUCAUGUCAUGCAAAUGCAUGACAUCGAUUUUCCUUUGCCAUAUGCACCUACCGGCGGAAGUUCGAGCAUCUUGGCUAAUCGCGUUAACUAUCUUCUCAACUUGAGAGGUCCAAGUAUGACUGUGGAUACCGCAUGUUCGAGUUCCAUGUAUGCUCUCCACUUGGCAGUCAACGCGAUUCGCAACGGGGAAUGCGACGCCGCUAUUGUCGGCGGAAGCAACCUAAUUUCAGCGCCAGAGAUGCAGCUUCUAACCGUCAAGCUAGGAGCCUUAUCCCCGACCUCAACAUGCCACACAUUCGACGAAUUGGCGGACGGCUACGCACGCGCUGAAGGCUUCACUGCACUGUACCUGAAGAGGUAUUCAGACGCGGUGAAGGGUGAUUACCCUAUUCGGGCCGUGAUUAGGGCUACUGGGGUGAAUUCCAACGGAAGAACUGCAGGAAUUUCCCAUCCGAGUGUGGAGGGACAGGAGAAUUUGAUCAGACAGGUGUACCGAACUGCAGGACUCCCAACGCAUUUGACAGGCUAUUUCGAGUGCCAUGGUACGGGAACGCCCGUUGGAGACCCAGUCGAAGUGACCGCUAUAGGGAGGGUGUUCGCACAUGAACGCCUAGAGGAGCCGCUACUCGUUGGUUCGGUGAAAACCAAUCUAGGCCACUCGGAGCCAGCCAGCGGAUUAGUGGGCUUGAUGAAGGCGAUUCUGGCCAUCGAGCAUGGCACUAUUCCUCCCACCGUUGGAGUGCAGAAGUUGAACCCGAACAUAGACUUCAACGCUACCAGAGUGCGUGUUGUCACAGAAGCAACACCGUGGCCGCAGGGGCUGCUCCGCCGAGCAAGUGUGAACUCGUUCGGCUAUGGUGGAGCCAAUGGCCACUGUAUUGUCGAUCAUCCAUCCAUUCUGGAUCCGACUGCGUUACCUUACACACACUCAAUAAACGCUGUAAAUGGGACGAGUCAGCCUUACAUAAACGGAACCGUCAAUGGGCUUGCCAGUCAUUCCAAUGAGGGCAGAACCAAUGGAUCAAGGAUGCAGGACGGUCCCAUCGUCAAAUCAGUCGCUCGUACAACAGCGGAGAGUACAAGGAGACUCGUCCUUCUCCCUUUCUCGGCCCAUGACCCAGACUCACUGUCCCGAAACAUCGCGAUGCUCGCAGAAGCUCUUCCCAAGUUACCCCUCGCAGACGUCGCAUACACACUCUCCGCCCGUCGUUCAAGGUUCCGCCACAAAUCAUUCGCAAUAGUCGACCGCAACAGCCCUGAAGUGGCCCUAACAAUGCCCGACGUUACGAGCCUUAUAUCCGCAAACGAGCAGUCCCCACGCAUUGGCUUCGUCUUCACAGGUCAAGGCGCGCAACAUCAGGAAAUGGGCCGCGCCCUGUUUGACUACGGUAUUUUCCGUGAAUCUAUUCGGCAGCAAGAUGCCGUUCUCCAGUUACUGUCGUUCUCUCCUCCUUGGAGAAUCACGGACGUAUUGAAUGGAGAAUGCGAGAUCUCGGUCCACGAGCCUGAGAUUUCGCAGACCGUUUGCACUGCGCUUCAGAUUGGUCUGGUAGACCUUUUACGAUCAUGGAAUGUGCGUCCGGACGUCACGAUAGGUCACUCGUCGGGUGAAAUGGCGGCGGCAUAUGCCUCGGGGCGGUUGUCGUUGGCAGAGGCGAUCGUCACUGCCUAUUGUCGCGGCCAUGCUAUUGCGCAGAAUGCCCGACAAGGUGCCAUGCUGGCCGUCGGAAUUGGCGCUGACACGGUCCAACGGUAUCUGAACGGUGUAGAACACCAGGUCAAGAUCGCCGCGAUAAACUCUCCGAGCAGUGUAACGCUGUCUGGGGAUGUGGAACCUAUCCAUGAACUUGAGAGACGAUUCAAAACCGACGAGAUUUUCUGUAGGAUUCUUCAAACUGGUGGUAACGCUUACCAUUCCCAUCAUAUGAAUGCGAUUGGAAACUAUUACGAAGACAUAUUGACCAAGGCGUAUGGAGAGCUCCAUCUCUACCAACAAGAUGCGGAAUGUUUUCAGCGUCAACAUCCUGUCCCUUGGGUAUCAUCAGUGACUCCGAACAAGGCAAUGGUCCAACAGAUUCCGCUGGCUUACUGGCGCCGCAAUCUCGAAUCCCCCGUACAGUUCUACGAAGCGGUUCAGAACUUGGUAGUGCAGCCACACACGGCGGUUGAUAUUCUAGUUGAGGUUGGACCGCACUCCGCACUCCAGAGCCCGCUCAAGGAGAUUCUCACGAAGGUGGGGAAAGAAAAUGGAAUCAAGCCUCCGCUGUACCUCACGGCUCUAAAAAGAUUCGAUGAUGGGAUGCGAAAUAUUCUGACCUUGUGCGGCUCACUGUUCUGCUUGAAUGCGAACGUGGACCUCGCAGCUGUCAAUUCGAACGAAGUUACUGAGGACCAUCCAAUAAGAUACGUACAUGGGAAGGUGUGCGUCGAUAUGCCGACUUACCGCUUCAAGUAUGGGGAGCCGUUGUACUAUGAGAAUCGAAUCGCCAAGGAGAUUCGGUUACGGAAGCAUCUGCGGCACGACCUUUUAGGUGUUCGUCAAGCCGGCUGUGCAAAGGAGAGCCCAAGCUGGAGGAACGUCCUACGGCAGAAAGAUUUGCCCUGGUUGAAAGACCACAAGCUUCUACCGCACGCUGUCAUGCCGGGUUCGGGGUACGUCUGUAUGGCGAUAGAAGCCAUCUCUCAGUUUCUGGAUACCGAUUCAAAGAGUACGACAGGUGCUCACUAUCAGCUUCGCAAUGUGUCAAUCAAGUCGGCAAUGCGGAUACCUGAGGACGAGAUCGGUUUGGAAGUGAUCACCACUCUACAGCAAUCCUCCAUAAGCCCAGCAUGGUUCGACUUCAGGAUUUCAUCUUACUCUCCAACGGACGAAACAUGGACGGAUAAUGCGUCCGGCCUUGUCAAGAUGGACGCAUCCCUCCAGGCGGACGUCGCUCUGGGAGACCUGUCAAAGGACAUGGACCCUCGUGUUAUUGAGAUGGAAGACUGGCAGGAGAAGUUUCAGCAGAUAGGCCUCGGGUACGGGAAAGCAUUCCAAGGUCUCUCAAACCUGCGGGCGGAUCCGAUCAAGAAGCUUGCAACUGCCAACGUGGCUCUUCAGACAACGGACGGCAUGCUCAGAGGCCUGGAAUCCGGCUACCCAAUACAUCCCGCCUCGCUGGAUCUCUGUCAUCAACUAGCGCUGAUCGCAACGCAUGGCGGCCAAGCCGGUAGCCUGAAGAACGCAUUCAUUCCAGUAUAUAUCGAUGAGAUGUCAGUCUGGGCAAGAGAUGAAAUCGGAUCAUUUGGACACGGCACUGCAACAGGCGAGUUCAAGGGACUACGAGGCGCCCAGGCGAAAGUACAGCUGCUCACACCAUCUAGCAAACCAAUAGUGGAGAUCUAUAAUCUCCGAUGCGUGUCUUAUAACGGUGGCGAUGCUUCCACAUCUAAACCUGGGGAUCAGCCUGCUCCAUACACACGGCUUGUUUGGAAACCGGAUAUCGCACUCCUCACCAACGAGGACGCGAGGAAACUGUUCCCUCCUACCAUGGCACUUGACGAUCUCGAGGAUACCUUUGCCACUAUGGACAAGAUCGCCGCUUGUAUGAUUGUUGAUAUCGCCGAGAGGUUUUGCAAUAUCGACAGCCCUGAAUCGCAUCUGCGUAGAUUCCUCGCCUGGGUGAAGCGAUCAGUGACGCGACAGCACCCGGUAAUUCAUGAAGCGCAAAGAAUGUCACACGAAUAUAGACUUGCCAUCAUCGAAAGGCUAUGUACUGCACUCGGGGAUGUACCAGACGUCAAGCAUACCAAGCGGAUAUACGACAACAUCUCUGAAAUUCUUUACGGCACAAAGACUGGCAUCGAGGUCGCAACGCAGGAUGGCCUUCUGCAAGAGAUGUACGCCCGUGGCAUGGGAAUUCAAGCGGGGUAUUCGCAGUUGAAGCGACUUCUCGACCUCCUUGGACAUAAAACCCCGCAUAUGAAGAUUCUGGAGAUUGGCGCUGGCACAGGCGGAGCGACGCGAAUCGCAUUGCGGACGCUAGGUGGCGACACUGCACACAAGCAGUAUAGCGAGUAUCACUUCACUGAUGUGUCGCCAGCUUUCCUUGGUGCAGCAGAAGCAGAAUUCGGCAAUUGUAAAGGCAUGGCCUACAAGACCCUUGAUAUCAGCAAGAGCCCUUGCGAUCAAGGCUUCGCUGCGGAUUAUGACCUCAUUAUAGCAUCUCAGUGCCUUCACACGACGCAGAACAUUAGCCAAACGCUAACGAACGCCCGGAGCUUGCUGAAGGAAGGGGGAAAGAUGGUCUUCUUGGAAAGCACUCGAACUUGGCUGGGCCACAGCCUUGCCUAUGGGACAUUUCCUGAUUGGUGGCCAGAGGAUAGCGAGAAAGAUUCACCGUUCCUUACUCGCGAGGACUGGAAAGUUCUACUUUUGAACUCGGGGUUUUCCGGUGUUGACAUUGAGCUGGAUGAUUACCCUCGACCGUUGACGACGGUAUCGACAAUAGUUACCACAGCAUUGUCGACUACCACCUGCGUAUCCGCUGAGAUUGUGGACCAGGGACGAACAGCAUACAUUGUCCGGAAGAGGGAGAGCCCCGAUCUUGGAAACCUAGUCGCCGAGCUGCAACGCCAUGGAUAUGAGGCUCGUUUCCAAGACCUUAACACUGCGGACAUACCCGAUGGAGCACAUGUCAUCGUCGCGACUGAUUUAGGCAACGCCAUCCUUGUCGACGGCUGCGAAGAUGAUUUCUACUCCGUCAAAAAGAUCAUCGAAAGGGCCUCCUGUUUGGUGUGGCUGACCAAGGGCGGGAUUGUUGAUGGAAGUGAUCCGAAGCCUGCCGUAGCCACCGGACUUAUUCGAAUGCUCAUCACUGAGAACCAGCUGAACAACUACGGUAUCUGUCAUCUGGAUCCAGAGGGUGGCUGCACUUCUCCCAAUGUCUCCCGCAAUAUCGUUCGGCACUUCUUGCGGGUCGCUGAUGGCAACGCCGAGCGCGAAGUGGCCAUGUACAACACCGUUCCACAUGCCAGCCGACUCUUAAUAGACGACAGCCUCAAUGAGCGCUACAACAUACUUCACGGGGCCGCUCAAAAAUUCGAGCAGAUGGUCCUCCAAAAUGGCAAACCUAUGAUGGUCGAUUUCGAGACACCCGGCCUACUCAGCUCCCUAUAUUUCCGUGAGGACGUAUCGUUCCGCAAACCUCUCCCGGAAGAUUAUAUCGAGGUACAGACGGCUGCCGUCGGGCUCAACUGGAAGGACAUCGCCGUCAGUGCUGGUCGCCUCGACAUGAAUGCCUGCAGCUCGGAGUGCGCAGGCACAAUAACCGCCGUGGGCAGCGCCGUAAAAGGCCUGUAUCCUGGCGACCGCGUGUAUGGCCUGGCUUGGGGCCGGUUCGGGACCAGACCGCGCUUCCCGAGCGCUCAUGCCCAAGCAAUUCCGCAGAGAUACUCAUUCGAAGAGGCCGCAACUGUCCCUAUUGUGUUUUGCACGGCGGUGUACGCACUGAAGCAUCUCGCGCGGGUGCGUAAGGGAGAAAGUGUUCUCAUACAGUCCGCUACCGGAGGAUUAGGGCUUGCGUCAAUCCAGGUAGCCCAGAGCAUGGGUGCGGAAAUCUACGCGACUGUGGGCACACUGGAGAAGAAAGAAUAUCUCAUCCGAUCAUGUGGCAUAAGUCCGGAGCGAAUCUUCUCGUCCAGGGAUUCGAAUGACAUUUCGCGACUUUUGGCCAGCACCAACGGCAAAGGCUUCAAUGUCAUCCUCAGCACCUCCAAUGGCGAUCUUAUGCACGAGACAUGGCGUUGUAUUGCUCCGAGAGGUCGCUUCAUCGACGUGGGAAGGGUUGACGUCCAGAAUCACGGAACCAUAGCAUUGGAAGUCUUCGAAAGAAACGCGACUUUUUCGUCCUUCGAUCUGAGCACUAUGGCCGUUCAAGAUCCGGAGUUCUGCGCGGAACUCAUCCAAGAAGUAGGCGACAUGCUCCGAAGCGGACAAGUACAACCGAUACCUUUCAAAACCUUUGACAUAAAUGAACUGGACAAAGGAAUGCUGUAUUUCUCCCAGGGCAAGCAUAUUGGGAAAGUGGUUGCUAGCUAUCGGAACCAGGAGGCGGUGGUCAAGAUGAUUCCGCCAAAGCCAGAAGCGUAUUUCGACCCAAGUGCCGAAUAUGUUCUUGUGGGUGGUCUUGGUGGCCUUGGAAGAUCGAUCUUGCAGUGGAUGGUGUCCCGUGGCGCUCUUCAUUUCACGAUCAUGUCUCGGUCCGGCGAUGCAAGGCUUUCGAAGGAGGCAUCUGAGAUGAUUGAGACCCUGAGAUCCCAAGGUAUCACCGUUGAGCUGGUUGCUUGCGAUAUAAACGUGAAAGAGUCUGUUUCAUCGGCGAUUGCAGCGGCAUCGUUGCAUAGACCUAUAAAGGGAAUACUGCAUGCGGCCGUUGCUUUCUUGGACCAGCCAUUUGACACCCUUCCCUACGCCCAGUGGAAAGGAGGCCUUUCAGCUAAGGUGCAGGGAACAAUCAACCUCCACGAGGUCACGAUCGAGCAGAAGCUACCACUGGACUUCUUCAUCAUGACAUCAUCCUUCGAGGCCGUGGUAGCGCUGCCGACACAAGCUGCCUACUGUGCGGCGAACAGUUUCCAGGACGCAUUUGCUCGCUAUCGUAGACUUCAGGGGCUGCCCGCGACAGCGAUUGCCUUUGGGUUGAUAACCGAGAUAGGGGAUGUCGGCCAAAGGGACGCAACGCGACAGAUGAUCCAGCGCAACGGCUUGUAUCGCACAGGAGAACUUGGUUUCUUGCGACUGCUCGAAGCGGCAUUCCUUGAUUCGCCCGAGUCGAAGCCGGAUUGGCAUGCUUACGAUCCGUUAGCAGAGGCCCAGAUCACCACUUGUCUCGAACCAUCUCAGCUGGCAAAAAUUGCUCAUCAAGUUGGUGAGGGACCACCACCGCGGUGGCAUUCGGACGCAAAGUUCUCGCAUCUCUUCCGUGCAAUGCAAGAUUGUCUGUCGACAUCUCAAAAUUCUCAGCAGGUCAAGUCUGUUGUAUCUGCUGUGGCUACAGCCGUCGAUGCUGCUAUACAGUCCGGAAAUAUUGGCCAGGCGGGAUCUCUCAUCGCGAAUGCGAUAGCAGAGCGAACGGCGAGUCUUUUGAUGAUUCCAUCCGAGAGCAUCGGGACGCAGAAGUCGGUCGCUCAGUACGGUGUGGAUAGCCUGAUUGCGGUGGAACUUCGAAGCUGGGUGGCACUUAUGUUUGGCGUCAGCAUUCCUUUGUUGAAGUUGCUAGAUGAGAAGAUUAGCAUUAGAGAGCUAGGCGGGUGGAUUGCGAAAGAACGGGAGAGCAAACUGUAAUUCUUGUAGAGCUGAAUUUUGUAUCAUUCUUUCCAUCCUUCGAAAAACUGCGGUCUCUUUAUUGGAACCCCCAUCGUGAUAGCCGUUGUCAUAAUGAGUCACAGCCUUUUGUCCGGGCUGUACAGAGGGGUGAACAGUUUUUCUAGGGCCUUCAGUUAUAUCGCUCCAUCGACAGCUGGUGUUGCCAAGCCCAACGUUCUACUGUGGUAGGUGGCCGAGUAUAGCUUCUUGGGCACCAUGAUGGUCCUAGAUUCAAAAGUCAGGAGGAUACACAUGAUGAAAUAAACAAGUCACGGCGUCACAUUGAUCGACAGAAC